AUGACAUCUAAGAGUAAGUUUCUCCCUGAGAACAACAGCAGUCGUUAGCAAGGAUUACUCGAUUUAGCUAAAUUGUGAGUGACGUCAUCAUAACAUGUGCUCGAUUUAAAUCUGUCAAAAUUGUUUACAUUUCUGAAUGAGAGCUCUUUGGCGAAAAAACCCAUAAAAAUGGACCAUAUGAGAUUCGGAUGAAUUAGGCCAGAUUCAACCAUCAACAUGCCAACUAACAUGAAGAGAAGGUCAAGGUCAUUGUCACCGAAGAAUAUAGCUAGGGAACAUAAACUUGAAACAGCCAGUGCACCAACUUCACCCAGGCCAAUCAAAAGAGUCAAAAUAAGGAGGAACUUCUAUCUUGAAAGUAAUUUGAGUCAACAAAAUAUAACUGAGUCAGUAAAUUCUGAAAAACCAAAUCUAGAAGAUGAGAAUGAACAUGCUACAGCUAGAAUUAAAAUUGAACCCUUUGUGUCAAAGUGGAACAGUGAACAUAUUGAAGUCAUAGAUAUAAGUGAUAGUUUAGCUGAUUGUGAGUCAAUAGAGGAAAAUCACCACCAUUGUGAUGUUGAACACAGUGAUGUUAGAAGUGAGGUUAACCAGAAUCCUGCCAACAUUAAUGAUGGGACACAUGCAGAAACUAAAGGUCUGAAAAAGACUGGUGUAGAAGAGAACAGCCUUACUUAUAAUAAAGUGUUGAACUGGCUUAUUGACAGUCAAACUGAUGAAGCAAACGUAGGUCUUUGUCCUGUUGAAGUUGAAGACACAAAGGUUUCACAUAGAGAACUCCAAGUAGCAUCUCAGCAAAGUAUUGAAUCAAGUUCACAAACCUAUCAGACUACCAAAGAGUUAAGUGAAAAUGAUGUACCACAUAAAGCUCCUACUGGCUGUGGGAAAAUCCUUUCCUGUUUGAGCCCCAUCGGAACUCAUAGCCACAUGGGGACACAGGAUGAAAACAGAACCCAUUUAGAUCCCUCAACAUAUGGAUCACAUGGAAACAUAAGAGCUUCUGUACAAACAACUAGUCAUAUCAAGAGAGUCUCAAGUGAGCCAGUUUUGGCAAAUCCACUGAUAAAUUAUAAAGUAAUACAAAAAGUUGAUAGGAAACAGCCAACAAGUAUUUUUCAGAGAAAAGUGAAUCUUUGCGCAGAGGCAGGAGGAUCUACUCAGUCUGUGAAAAAGCCACCAACAACUAAUAAUGAGGCCACCAUUGCUAAAGUCAGUCUUCAGAAUGAUUCUAUAAAUGAAUCUUCCAGGCUGGAAUAUGAGAAAUCAAACUGUACAUUAACUCCAGUUGCAGCAACAUCACAGGCAAAUACACAUAAAUUGUAUGAUAAUUGUUCCACUAACUUGAAGGCAAAGAACAUAUUCAAACAACAUAGUUCAGUUAAAGCUAAUGAAAGGUACAUGGAUCUAAUUCAAAGGUCAGCAGUUGAUGAUACACUUCAACAUUUAGGAGCACUUUAUGAGCCAAGACUUGAUCAAUGUGGAGUUCAAAUCAAGAAUAAAACAUAUGAUCUUCAUUUAGUCAGAAUGACACCAAAUUGUGCAAUUUUUAUACCUGGAAGUGAGGGGCGUAUUGCUUCAAAUUGUUCAGUUCCAAAAUCUGGACAACAUCAAAAUGUAACGCCAUUAAACAGCAACCAAACGAUGCAGCAAGUGUUUCCAAAAAAUGUUUUGAACAAUGUGUGUGUGAGGCCAGUGGCAGGACAUGCACUUGCCCAGUUCAAACAUGGUCAGUUAACAUUAUCCCCAUUGAUACCUCAUAUACCUCCACAAUCUCAGGUAGCACCCCAAAUCUCAUUAAGUCAACAGCAGUUCAACGCAAAUAGAUCUGCAAUUCAGUCAGGAUUCAUCACCUCAGUGAACCAUCUCAUACCAAGGAUUCAUAGUUUACAUCAUAACAGUAUUCCCAAUGGAGUUCCCCCUCAACCCUUUGCUGAUUGUAGUAUACAGAGUCUUAUGCAACAGCAGAUAAAUCAGGUUGGUUCUCCAAGGGUGUCUAAUCACCUCAGUUGUGAAUCAGUUGUGAACCACAAUCCAAAGGUGCAACCAGCUAAAAACAUCCUUAAUCUUGACCAAUCACCAGCUGAGAACAUGGCUAAUUUGAGAUCCAUUGUUGUCACACCAAAGGAGGUUAAUCCGGUACAACAUAUAAUGGACUUGGCAAAGUCUAACAUUAUUGGUAAAGGCUCAAGUAUAUUUUCAAGAACUAACCCCAAGACAAGCAUAUCAGAAGGUCCUACCAGUGACAGUAUACUUGACAACUAUGAGGAGGAUAAUAUGAUAACUGCAUGUGAGGAUCAUGACUCUUGCCACCAAAAGCCAACGGAAACUCAUGAGGAGCAUAACCCUCCACCUGGACACUUAAACCUGACUGGUACUGAUCCAAGAUUACAAGGAUCCCGACCACUUGUACUGACAGGUAAAACAGAGUUAGAAAUCAUACAUAAACAAAGUUGGUUGGAUCCUAAAGGAGGUGUUCUUCAUACACCUAUAAAUUGUGCUGAAAAUGAGUAUGAAGUGGAAGUCCAUGAUGAAUGGGAGGAUGAUGAUACAGGCGCAGUUCUUAUUAAUGAACUGAUUGAAAACAACAAUUGGUACGAUGCAGUUGAUGCUGUAUAUUAUGCUAGUGAACUGUGUACGUUUACAAGUGUUAUAGAGCAAAGCAGUCUCCUAAUCAAUGAUAUGUUUGUUAGUACAAAUCAGGAAGUGAACAAAAAGAAAAUAGAGAUUUCCUCUCCCAAAGUGGCCAAAAAUACGAGAUCAAAACCAAAGAGAAAAGUGACCAUCCCCAAUGAGGAAAGAUCAAGCACACUUCAAUAUACAUAUGUUGUAGCAAGGGAAACUAAAGCUAUACUCCGACAAGAAAGCUUCAAGCUGAAGACAUCAUUUGAUGAUAGCAAUUCAAAAGAAGUUAUUAGGAACAAUAUUAGUAAAGUGUUUGGAGAAGACAGUAUAACACAUGAUGGUGUUGAGAUAUGUUGGUUGCUUGAUGAUAUGACUUAUAAGGUAACUGAUGAGGUGCACCAAUCAACAGCUGAGCAAGAUGGACAUGAUGAUGAGAGAACAAAGGAUUUUGAAGUGGAGUUAGCUGAUCUAACUAUCAUAGAUAGUGAUAAAACACAGCAGAACAAAAAAUCAGAAAGGCCAGCAAAGCCCCAGGUGGCUAAAGGGGGUCAGAGUCGCAAUCAGGAAAAGAAACAGCAGGUGGUGAAAAUGUCUGUGAUGAAGUCACAUGUCUUGACCCGAUCACGGACCAAAAAGAGGAGCUAUCGGAAUGGAGGAUUCCAGUGGGAUGAAUGGGGAUGGAUACAUACAUCACCAACUGCACUUAACAGGAUGAAACACAAAGCUAUUGAAUCUGCAAACAAGACAGUACCACAACCUCAUCAGAAUAAAGAAACAAAUAAGAAUAAAAAGCCAAGUGGAAAGAGGAAGUUUAAUUUGGGUGCUAGUGCUGGUGCUACAAGAUUAGCUGGAAUGAGUUAUCUCCAGCCUACUACAAAGAAAACAUUUUACGUAGACCAAGAAAAGACAUACAAGGAGUUGGGGCUCCACAAAUCUCAUCCAAGGGAGCAUAAAAUUCCCAGGAAGGAACCAGAUGUCUCUGAACCUGACAAUAAUCAACAUGUCACACGCAGUGGAACUGUGUAUAAAUUCAAGAGGGAAAAAGAAAUUGAAGAGUUUGAUAUUCCCGAGUGCAUAGUACUUUCAAGUGAUGCAAGUGAAGAUGAAAACUGUGAAAACUUCAGCAUUGAUACUCCUGAUAAAGAUGAGACUCCAUUAACUUUAGUACCCCCUUGUAUUCAAAGAUCAGGAUACAAGAUUUCAGAUGGAGAUAAUGCUACAGACAAUGAUGCAGAUAUACUGAUAGUUCCUCAUUCCCCCAAGGAAGUAAUGACUGAUCUUGAAUCAGAGAACCUGGGAAAAGCAAAAACUCAAAAUGUGACAGAUGAAGUGCCGUGUGAAUCUGAGAGCACUGUUGUUAGGUUUGAAUCUGAUGCUGAACAUCCAAAUAAGGACUCUGAAGUAAGUGAUGGUAACAGGGAUAGUGAAAAUACCAGCCCAAUUAAGGAUAUAAAUCUAGAAGAACCAAGCAAUCAGCUUAAAGAACAAACCAAUAUAAAUGUGGAGAGUGGUAUCUUAACGCAGAAUGAAAGUGAUGAAAAAGAACCUGCUAUUCAAAAAGAGACGGAAGCUGUUCUUGACUCAAUGUUAAAUCACAUGGAGUUUCUAACUCAAGUUAAGAGAGGAAUUCACAUAUUGAAACCCCCAAAACAAAAACCUUCAUCUGAACAAAAAGAAAAAAGGAUGUCUGAUUUCAUUGAUGAUUCUGGACCAUGUCAUCGAUCUGCCAAAAGUAACAUUAACCACAAUCGUGAAAAGGGAACUUCAAACAAGCGUUCCAAAAGAAACUUAGCAAAAAAAUGCUUUUGUGAGAAAUCACCAAGAAUUACCAUUAAGAAACUUGAAUCUAAAAAUAUGCCAUUUCUAAAUGGAACCUCAAACUCAAACAAAACCAAGAAAAUUACAAAAUCCAAUGACCCUAGUAAAGCCAAGCCUGGAUUAGUUCGAUUCAAGACAAUAACAAAGGAAGAAAAUGUGAAAAGUCGAGUUCAUCACUGUGUAUUUUGUAAAAGGUUUUCUUCUAAGAUUCGACGUGAUGUUAGAGAGCAUACAUUGAAAGAUCAUAGGUUCAGGUGUUACAGAUGCAAGAUUGUGUUCCCAAAUGAAGUGAAGAAACGGAAACAUAUGGAAGUGCACAUCAAGGAGAAACAUUACUGUUUACAAUGUCAACAAGAAUUCAGCACUAAGGGAGGGUAUAGAAGACAUAUUCUGGGUAGAUUGCAUGUUAUUGUGGAACGAGCACAGCACAUGGCUAUAGAUGUUGUCUACAAGGCAUGCACAGGGAACACCAUUGAAGCAAGGCAGAUUGCUAGUAAGCACCAACUGGACAUUAGUAGCUUAGUUGGUGGUAGUGUUGAACCAGCAGAGACAAUUGUCAGAACAGCUCAACAGAGCAGCAGCAGUGAUAGACAGACAGGUACAAGUGACCAAGACAAUGCCCCUCCUAUGAGUACCAUAAAACAUCACUACCACAAUAAUCCAAUGCUUGAAACUCUUCUCAACCAGCUUGAGAACUUUGAGAAAUCUGACAUUAUUCAAUUCUUUAAGUCUAGGAGAAGUGAUAUAUUUGAGCAAAAAACAAACAAAGAUGAUGCAGACAAAGAUGACAAGAAAGAUGAUGAUGCAAACAAAGAUGACAAGAAUGAUGAUAAUGCAAACAAAGAUGACAAGAAUGAUGGGAGCAAGAAGCCAAUGAACAAUGAAGCUAAUGAUGAACAGUUAGAUACAUCUGAUGUGUUGUACCAGCUCUGCCAGGAAAUUGGUAUAUUCGAUAACCAUGAAGAAUUGGAAAGCAUGGUUGACAAUGAGCUGCUCCAUGCUGAUUGUGCAGAAACUAGAGAUGAGAAUCUCUGUGAAUCAGCUGAGGAGCUUCCCUGUACAUGUACUACAGAGAAAGACGGAACAUGUCAACCUUUACAUCCAUUUCCAAAUGUUACAGUAGAACAAUGCAAAAACGUGUCUCCAUCUGCAAACUAUGUGGAGAAUGAGAUUAGAUCCAAUAACAACCAUGUGAUACCAGACUGCCCGGACAGUAACAAUAUAGCUGAGUUAUAUUGUGAGCAAAUACCCUCAGUCAUUGAUGCUGAAAAUGACACAACGCCUGAUUGUCAUGACUUGAACAACAAUGAAAUCAUCAGUCCAGGUGAAACUGAAAGCAAGAACAGUAGAUGUAAUAAUGAGAACUGUACAAGUUUGAGCAAUAUUCAGAGUGACAAGAUUUGCAAUAACCCAAAUGAAUCAGCAUGUACAUUAUCCAUGAGUAAAGAGCCAUGCUCUGUUAUGACCACAUCUUCUCAAGAACUGCCAAAUAGAGAUGAGGAUGUUAACCACGAUAGAGACAGCACAUAUACCAAAGAAGCAACAUUUGGUAUGCAUGAUGAUUUCUUUGCAUCAUUUCUCCAAGACAUAGCCAGUCUGCCAGAUGACCUCUUAUACCAGGGUAAUGGGGAUAUCCAUAAUGGUGAAAUCACAUCUGAACUAGAACAACUGAACAGUCUUACUAGUGAGUUGGGUGAACCAGUCAAAGACAUUCCUCAGACUAUCUCUGAAGUCAUUAGACAAGAUACAAAUGAAAUAUUUGCUGAUAUAAGUGAAUCAACUAUUACCCAGAGUACUCCCCAAGCAAUACUUGAUGCUGUCAGUGUAUUAAAUAACCGUUGACCAGAACAUUCAUAUGAUGUAAUGAUGCAUGAUGUAUAUGUACCAUACAUGUAAUCUGACAUGAUGUGUGUGUCAUUCUUGUAAUCUAACAUGAUGUAUGUGUCAGAUAUGUAGUCUGACGUGAUGUAUGUACCAUACAUGUAGUCUGACAUGAUAUAUGUGUCAUACAUGUAGUCUAACAUGAU